AUGCAAAGCCUUUGGUCCCGGGCCGCCUCGGCGCGCUCGAGUUGUCAUUGCGUUUCUUGUCUAAGCACAGCGACUCCCGGACUAACGUCAAGGGCGGCAUCAGCAGCCAGUAAAAGACGGUUACGAAUUGGAAACUCGGUCACAGCUCUAUACACAAGUAUCUUUGCGGCGGCAGCUUUAGCUGAUGCCCAAGCCAAAGAUCAACGACGCCAUGAAUGGCAGGAGAAGAUCGCAGCUGUGAAGGAAGAAGUCAACGAAUUAGUGGACGAGGAACAACGCCUUCUGGCAACUAUUUUAGCACGACGGAAGCGGAGGUCAUUAUUCAAUGGUGUAUUGACAAGCCGACAAUACAGCACCUUUGCCAGAUCAUCACCAGGGGAAAUCCGAAAUACGACAAGGAGUAUAUCGACACCUUCACUCGCCGCCGGCGUCCGCCCGCAAGAUAAUUAUGAGACUCGACUUGAGGACGGGAUUGAAACUAUUCUCGAUAAGGUAGAUGAAUAUGACAGGAAAGUCCUUGAGGAUCUGGUCGCGGAUAGUGAUGACCCGGUGUCGAACGAAUCAAACGAGGAGUAUGGCUUCACUCUUGGAGAUGACACGUUUCCCGAGUGGCUAUCAUACGACAUAGUCCGCCAAAAGGCUAUACGGAAGCUUGCAGUGAAACAGUUGGCCAUACGACUUUUGCUACGUCCGGUGAUUGCGCACUCUUACAUGGGACUUCGGAUGAACUAUAUUUCCGAUAGUUUGGUGCCCAAGUUGAAUGUAGCGGAGCUCCUACAUGAAUUGAAUCAAAUCCGACUUCGGUUACAGGAGUUGAAGACAAAGAGAGAGGUGAAUAUUGAUGAUUUGGCACAGGAUCUCCGUGUCCGCAACAUCAAGGAGAUGGUUGGAGAGAAUAUAAAACUCGACCAACAGGUUCGCCGCGACACAGAUCUCUACCUCGAAGGAGCUAUGUCUCUUCAAGAGCUUCUUUUGAGGUUGUCCAGCAACCUGCUGCAAGCUACUGAUCCCGACCGACCGUAUGCCCUGGGAGUCAUGCUUUACACGUUCACCAAAUGUCAUCAAAAUGACCUAGGUGAUCUGGUCUUAAAGACAGUAUUGCCGAACAAGUUUCCAUUAAGCUCCGCUUUUAUUCUCUCAACAAUAACCUUUUACCGCAAAUCCAAAAAUCUCAAAGCAUUCGACUUGUUUCUGGAAAUGCUGUGUGGUGAUAGCUACCCGGUAGACAUGUCCACCAUGGGAUAUUUUAAGCGGACAGUGGUCCAUGGCGUCGAGAUCUCAAUUCCUCCCAGCAAUAUGACCAAUUCGAUUAUGUACUCUGCACUAAUCAUAGCUUGCUUGCGCUUCAAUCAACCCGACCGAGCCAAUGCCUAUCAGCAUGCCGCAAGAGCGGCAGGGUACAUGGACGAUUUUUCAACUCUUUUCGCCUAUCUGAAAUUUUACGGUAUUCGCCGUGAUUGGAAGAAAGGGGUGGAAACUAUCAAAAGAUCUUUGGCUUUCAUGGCAUCAUCUACAGAACACAAGUCAUACUCUCUCGAGAGGUUGGUAGUAUUGAUGGUACAUCUGUGUGAUACGUGCGGCAGAUACGAUGUCUCCGAAGCCAUUAUCGUAGCCGCGGUCGAAAAUGGAUUUGACUGGAGGUCUGCACAGAAACAAACAGACAUCACCUUCUCAUUUGAUCCCCACUUCCGCCGAUGGCACGUAGCUGCGGAUUCGUCAACUAUAGGAGCAAUCAAGGACCAGCCGCUGUGGGAGAGAUCUUAUGCCUUCGUAAACACGGUCGGAGAACAGCUGAACGACCUUACCCUGCCCGAGGAGGAAGACUCUGCGAGGAAAUGGCAUAAGCUGGUGGGGACAUACUCCCAGGAAGUUCUAUCAGCUGUGCUCGCUGGCCGCGUCGCCGAGUAUAAGAAACCCGAAGAGGACGGGCAGCAAAACCUGCUGAAAACCAUCGACGUGGAGAACAACAGAUUCUACAAUGCUGAAACUACAGCAAAGGCUCACCAAAAAGAGAUCCUCGCUCUGAAGGACCAGGUUACGCAGCUGAAACGAAUGGUUUUUGACUUGACAAAACAAUCCGCACUCGGCCAUUCCCAGCCCAGUCCCCAGGAUCUUGGACAAUUAAAGGACAAGCUUCGUCAUACGAACUCACGCGUGCUCGAGCCAAGCGCGGCAAACAUUCGUUACGUUGGAAACUAA